GCAGUCGGCAUUGAAGCUCCAAGCAAUUGCGGAUUCAAAGGCUGCAGUGUGGCGAAGGGAGGACUUGGACAGCAUCCUUCCAUUCAAUGAUUUUGAUGGUGCGCUCGAGCAGGACAGCAAGGUCCGAAGUCUUCGCGCGGUCUUUGUUUUCGCCACUCUGUCCAAGCAGCAGCUCCAGCGUUUGGCACGUGCGCUGGAAAUUGAAACUGUCAAAUGCGGCUGCCGAGUGUUCUCUCAAGGCGAUCAAGGAACGCAUUUCUACAUCAUACGGAAGGGUGCCGUCAGCGUGGACAUCGAUGGCCGUCAAAAGCGUAGGCUGGGCCACCCUGAUUAUUUCGGAGAACGUGCUCUCCUGAAAGAUGACAUUCGCAGUGCCACCAUCUCUGCCUUGGAGGAUACAGAGCUAUGGAAGAUGGGCAAGGAGACCUUUCAGGACAUCAUGCAGGGGCCGUGUUUGCAUUAUCUUAAGGACCGCAUCUCCCUACAGGACACAGCUCUAACCUUGAAAGACAUUGAGUGCAUUCGGGUGAUCGGUCGAGGUGGCUUUGGAGUUGUUAAGAUGGUCCGGGCCAAGAAGACUGGGGUCAGGUAUGCUUUGAAGUGCGUGCGGAAGCGAGAUGUCGUCGAGAAGAACAUGCAAGAUGCCUUGAUCUCUGAACUCGGAAUUCUGAAGGAGGUUGAUCAUCCGUUCAUUGUGAAGUUCGUACGGUCGUUCCGCAAUGAGCGAUGCGUGUUCUUCCUGACCGAGCUAGUGACUGGGGGCGAGCUGCUGGAUGCGCUCGAUGCACUAGGUCUGCUGAACCACUCGCAGGCAGUGUUUUACACAGGCUGUGUUGUCCUGGCGCUCGAGUUUCUUCAUUCGCGGCGGAUUGCCUACCUUGAUCUCAAAAGCGAGAAUUGCCUGAUUGACCAGCAGGGAUAUCUCAAGUUGAUCGACUUUGGCAUUGCUCGCCGCAUAACCAACACCAGAUAUGGGCCUUUGAAGGGCACACCCGUCUUCAUGGCACCUGAGAUGAUACUCGGCAAGGGGAACAGCACCGUGGCAGAUCUUUGGAGCCUUGGAAUUUGCUUAUAUGAGUUUGUCAUUGGCCAGUUCCCCUUCGCCAGUACUCGCUCCAACCGCGCGCAGGUUUUUCAUCAGAUCCUGCGAGCGCCGUUGCGAUUUCCAGACUGGUUUCACAAGCAGCCUGUCUCAGAGGAGACCAUGGGUCUGCUUCGAGGCCUCCUGUCACGGGACCCCAAGAGGCGCCUGGGUGCUGGUCAUGAAGGCUACGCGAAGCUAAAAGCACACUCCUUCUUCAAGCCCCUUUGCUGGGAAAAGUUGCUGUGUCGUGAGCUCGAACCUCCCUAUGUCCCGACGAGGGAGAGAUAUGCUGAGGACAAGUGCCAGUCCGGAAGCUCCUCGUCGGAGGGCAAGAGCUUGCCAACGAUGGAAGAAGAGGAGGUGGGCGCACGCAUGGUUCCAACACUCUUUGAACAUGUUGAAACUAAAUUGUAUCUACAUGUGGGCCAUAAGAUGUCAAGUGCUAUCGGCAAGCGACGGGUAAGUGCGCGAAAGUCUGCAAUGAUGUUCACGAAAGCUGCGAUGGCACCGCAGCCCUUUUACAACGACCUUCCAAAUUUCAUGAAACUUGAACCGCGCGAGGAGGCAUGA